AUGCGCUCUGCUUUCGCCGCUGCUCUGCUUUCACUCCCUCUAGCUGCCCUCGCCGGCGCUCACGACGCGGUUUCCUUCCGCCGGCACUCAGGUGCCAUUCGCAGUUCCCGCCGUUCCUCCACCAACUACACCCUUGUGGACAAAUAUGUGGGCGAGGACUUUUUGAAUGAAUGGCAAUUCUACGACCAGGCCGACCCGACUGGAGGCAACGUGAAUUAUGUCUCUCAGAGUGCUGCGGAGAGCGCGGGUCCGCCUGACGCUCCUGCAAGAUCGAACUCUCACAUUUCUUUGAGCUCAGAGAUCUUGUUCAGCAAGGCGACUCUCCAUCAGGAAUCGGGAUUUUCUCCAUGGGCUCUGUCUCCAUCUGGCACCAUAUGGCAUGAUAAGGAGCAUCCGGUCUCCAUCUGGCACGUGAUGGCUGCAACGGAGACCUCUCAAUUGCAAGUCCCUGACGUCGCUGGCAAAGAUGAGCAUGCUCUGACAAUCCGAAUUGCAAUGGAACGAUCCUCGAGCGACGAUUAUACUCUCUGA